AUGCCGUCCUCCCGGAUACUUCGCCCAAGUUUGGCGUCGACGACUUCAGAGGUACUGUCCUUCCUCGUGCCUUCAGCCCAAUGCGCACGCGCUUCCGUAGCACGAUUCUCGACAUCACCGACACCAUGGAAGGCGGACAACAACAAAAUGCGGGGAGUGUCUUCGGUCAGACGGACAGGUCUGCGCCCUAGGCAAACACUCUCCGUCAAGGAGAAGGAUUUUGAGAACCAGCGCCUGCCAACACCAGUCGCUUUCCAGAGGGACGUCAAAGGCACGCCAGACCACGGUCUAUGGGACUUCUUCAAAGACAAGAAACUGCUGCAGACGCCCAUGGAAGCGCAGAGACAUGGGCGCGCAUGGACAGCUGGUGAAUUGCGUAGCAGGGAUUGGGACACACUACACCAGCUGUGGUGGGUAUGUGUGAAAGAGCGGAACCGCCUCGCGACCGAGAACCUCGAGCGUGCACGACUAAAAGCUGGUUAUGGUGAUCACGAGAGCAACGAAAGGGACAAGACCGUGCAGAAGACAAUGAAGGCUAUCCUGGACACUUUGACAGAGAGAAACCUGGCAUAUCAGGAGGCAUUGGAACUGGCGAAGCAAGAUCCAGAGAUCGAUCUCAGGAGAACAGACGGCCCGCAGUACACACCAUCAGCCUAUGAUCCCACAGAAACGGACCAUUUUGAGGAUACGCAGUAUGGUUCCGCAGAAGCAGAACCACCAGUUGAGUCUCAGACGAUCAAUGAACCCGCGAUAGAUAAGCCACUAGCGACCGAGGAGCGACCAAAGGAGAAAGUGAACGCCAUAUAA